GAGACACAUAGGGACAACAUUUGUAUUUCAUUCACUUUAAUUACACAUGUGCGCACUAUUAAAGUUAUUCUAAUCAUAGGAGGUAUUAUAUCGUAAGCCCGCAGAGCUCGCGGCGUAAUAAACAUGCACACACAGAGUCAGCGGACCCAAUGAACUAACACGAGACUGAAUAUUUAUAUAUUUUUGUUGUAUUGAUAAUUGUUAGCAGGGCGCCUUUUUCUCUAUCUCCAGACACCAAUGAAUAUUUGAUGCUGCAAACCUCUCACAGGAGUAGCCAGACUGUUAACUGAAAUAGCAGCAUAGACUGCUUGAGAUGAAGGCCAAGAAGAAGAAGAGACAGGAUGACUUCCAAAAGGUCAAGUUAAAGGUGGGAAAGAAGAAGCCCAAAGCUGAUAAUGCCACCAACACCAACUUUCGCACAAAGGGAAUCCAUCUAACUGAACAGCUGAAGAGAGACACAAGUGGCCCUACCACACACAGACAGCUCGGUAUCAAUGACCUCCUGUCUCAGCUUCACCAUUACAAUGCUAAUGUGAAACAUAGUGCCUUGUUGGGUUUGCGAGAGUUGUUGUCCCUCAAUCCCUCUCUGUUAGAGCAGCAUCUGUCUCGCUUGCUCUCUGAAGUGGCAGCUGUUUUCACUGACAAGGAUGGCAACGUCCGUGUGGCAGCCACACGUUUGCUCAGGUUCAUUGCACAAUCUGUGCCUGCAGAACGAGUGGCUCCAUUUUUCCCCCUCCUUAGUGCCCACCUCUCUUGUGCCAUGACUCACAUUGAGACAGGCAUCCAGGAGGAUGCCAUGAAGGUCCUCGAUGUGUUGCUGGAACACUACCCUGCUCUGCUCGCGGCACGGCCUGCUGUGCUCCUCACCAACUUCCUGGAGUUGAUCUCUCACAAACAAAGCAGCGUAGGAUCUAAAAAGGCUCAGGAUGCCAAGGGACGGACCUGGGCGCUGUCGGUCAACCCCAGCAGGGCUGUGACAAGCCAGCAGUGGCGGCUUUCUGUGCUCCUCAGGCUUGGGCGCUUUCUGCAGGCAGUAGUUGAAGAAAGACCAGUGGAGGAAGGUGACAUGUCUGUCCCAACUGAUGGAGUGUUUGGUUCCAGUGGAGAGGGCCGACUCACACCUCUGAAUCUCAUCUGGGAAGAGCUCACUUACAGCAAGGUUGGAGUUAAGGUGUAUGAACAUUCUGGGGUCAAACCAACUCCACAUUCCACCUUUAGUCUCAGGCCUGAGGUGGACACUGGGGCUGCAGUGGGUGAGAGUUUGGACUCAGCUGAGGCUGUUCAGAGCUUUGCAGCUACACUGGUGCCUCUUCUGCUGGAGGUGUGGGUAGAGGCCAGUACCAGUGACAGUCCAGGGAACAGCACUGAGGGUGCUCACCUGCUUACCCCGGAUGCCAUGUCAGUAAUGUUCCAGGUCUUGUCUAUUCUGCAGCUGCUGAGAAAACUGGCGCCACAGCGGGAGCACCAGGAUGCACUGGAUGCAUGGUUCCGUAAAGAAUACCUGGGAGACUUUAAGCAGCACUUCAUGAAAAACUUUCCCUAUGGUACUCGGGACACACCCAAACAUAAAAAGAAGGUUAAUCUCAAAAGGAGUAAGCAGACCGCAGCUGUCCCAGGUCUGACAGUGGAGCCACUGGCCCUAAACAUCACACUUUGCCAGGUCAUGGUUUCCCUCAGCCAGAAGCAGGGACUCGGCCGAGAGACAGAUGGAGACUGGCUGACACCACUGAGGACGUUUGUCCGAGACACACUGAGCAAUGAAGUGAAACUGAGCUACAGGCAGCUGCACAUGCUGCUUGGAACUGUGUGGAAGAUGGUGUUCACGCAGAGGAGUAAAACUGUGACAGAGGACCUGUUGGCAGCAGUGUAUUUCUACUAUCAGCAAAGGCACCUGACUCUACAGACAAGAUCUCUUCUGCUGUCUUUCUACAGCAAGCUCUACCUGCAGGAGCAAGGACACACACACAUUGCUAGGAGUAAGGUGCUCUGUCGAUGGUUGGCAUCUCUUCCUGUGCAGUUGUCCCAGCUGGGCCACCGUAACCCAGCUCUGUCUGCACGACUUAUCCAAUCCAUCCAGGCUGCUGCAUCUCGAGGCAACAAAGACCUACUCAACAGUCUACAGACUCAAGCCUGCAGACUCUACGAUCCACAAGAAGGAGUUGUGGUGCUGUUACCAGCAGAGUCCCAGCAACGAAUGGUGCAGCUGCUCUACUUCCUACCCAAGAUGUCCAAGUCUCUACUGGCCAAUCUGAGCUGCUGCUGCACUGCUGGACGAAUCUCUGCUGGCCUCGCUGCCUCUCUGAUUCGUAUUGUGCACCUUAGGUCGUCUCUGAGCGGCUGGUCGGUCGGGAGCCAGGAAGCAGCUCUGCAGGACGUGGACUACAUCAGCUUCCUGUUCUCCACCCUGACAGGCUUCUCGUCCGACAAGCUCGCCUCCCUGCAGGAGGCCGGCGACGACAGCGCCCUGCCUCCCUCCCCUCUCUCACCCCUCAGCCUCUACCCCACCCCGCUGGAGCAGUUCACACACCACUGGGACGUUGUCGAGGAAAUCUGCCACUGUCUGGAAACUUUGGGUUCAAAGUCCCAGUGCUUUGACAUCUUGCAAAAUGGCAUUUGUAAAUACCUGAUCAAGUUGGGGGUGGUGCCUGACAGUAUGGCGGCCGGACUGCUGAGAGCUGUUUCCAGAUUACUGGACCUGUCCGUCCUGCCCAUUGAGCCUGUGCUGCGCUUCUUGUCUCAGUGCUGCCUCAGCCUGCUGGCUCUGCUCAUCAACCUGCAGCAGGAGGCACCUGCCGAUACCAACCACAAAAGGGAGGCAAUUUGGGGAGCUUGUGUGUCAGCGUUGAGCUCCGUCCCCCGCCUGCUGAGGAUGGUCUUGCAGUCGUUGCGUGUUGGAGAUCUGAGUGAGGAAGAGCUGCCACAGCUGGGACAGAUCCUGUCAAUGCUGCUGCAGCAUACGCCGAUCCACAACCAGCUGCUGGCCAACGCUGCUCUGCUGCAAGAAAUUAUACAACACCUGACGAGGUACUCCCGGGGUGCGACCAGGGAGCAGUGGUUGACAGACUUGCUCUACUGUUACAGCGUCACAGUAGCUCACGGCUCUUCUUCUCAUCGUGGAAACCUGGGCCUUCGAGACAUGUACUGAUCGACUCACCCACCAAAACAAGAACCUGGUGUGUUGCUUAGUCCACCCUCUCCAACAUACAUCCCACAGUUACUUAAGACAAACAAAAUACUCGCAGAGCUCAAUAGCGACUCUGUAUUGUGCUCACAACAAAAUUUUCAGACAGAAAUACAGUGGAAAUGUGUUUUUUAUUGUGAGUGACAAUGAAUACUCAACAUCCUCAUUUUAGGAGUUUCACCUUUUUUUCUGGGUCUUAACCUGCCUCUUGUUUUCUUCAGCCUUAGCCGUAAAUUGUUUGUCCUCCUUUUGCCCCCUUUGAAUAUUGUUGUUACAAAUUGGGGUACCUGGUGUCUUUUAAUAAAAAAAAAACUAAACAGAAAAAAACAGAAUAAAGGCAAAAUAAAGUUAAAUCA